CAUUACGUACCGUCCGUCCAAACGUAUGACGUUGUGCUCACGUCUUACGUCAACUCAAAAUCGAAGUAGAUUUCUCCAGGCGUACACUCUUUAUUUUCUGUAUUGCAAUAAACACUUUUGUACACAUAUUCUUUAACAUGGCGUAUCUGAAACCACGAGAACUUGCCGCUGUGGAGGAAUAUCCUUGAGGAAUACCACGCAUGGGAUCGAAAUCAACGCUUCUUUCAGCUAAGCUAACGCUAUUGCAUCUAUUAGCAAAACUUGCUAGCUAAGGAGCUAUCGUCGAGCUAGCUAUGUAUUAGCACUUUAGCCUAGCCCGCUAACCAGUGACAAGUGACAAAGGGCACGGAUGAUGUGAUCCUGAACAUGCCAGAGUGACAAAAAAAGCUUUCCUGUUUGUGUCAUUACCAACAACAUUUGACACCUACUCUCAGCCUCACUUUAUAAGACAUCUUCCAAACAAUCCACACCGUACCUCUGUCUGCAGAUUCUUCUGCACCUGAACCAUGUGAGGGCCCCUCGGUCCAGUCUGAGGGGAUCCCAGGACUGUCGCAAAUACGACCCCGCUGUGCGGGGCGAGACUGAUCCUGUCUGUGUCAGAAAAGUGUUCUUUACAGUACCCUCCUCCCCCUCCACACAUUCCUGUUCUCCUUACUGAGGAGACACGCCAUGAUGUUCCGAGACCAGGUAGGUAUCCUCACAGAUUGGUUCAAAGGCUGGAAUGAGUGUGAACAGACGGUGGCACUGUUGUCCCUCCUGAAACGGGUGUCCCGCACCCAGGCUCGCUUCUUACACAUAUGCCUUGAACACUGGCUGGCAGACUGCACAGAGAUCCACAUCCUAGAAGCUGAGGCCAACAAUGCAGAUAUUGUCAGCCAAUGGCACCAGGAGCCAAAGGAGAAAGUGGUGUCCUUGCUGCUGUCCCAUCUGCCUUUGCUGCAGCCACGCAACAGCGAGGCCAAAUGCGAGUACAUGAAGCUGCUGCAGAAGGUGUUGAGUCACACUAUUGAGAGUAGCCUGUUUGUAGAAGAGAGCAGACAGCUGCUGUCCUACGCGCUCAUCCACCCUGCCACCACACUGGAUGACCGCACCUCUUUGGCCAUGUGGCUGAACCACCUGGAGGAGCACCUAACCAGUGGCUAUGUAUCGUCCUCCCGAGCCCCUUCCAGCCCCUACCACCCACGCCAGGGCUCAGAUGAAUGGCCCAGCUCUGCAGAGGCUCUCGAUCCUGGGCACGCCUGGCAUGACAAGUCUCCCUCAUCAAGCACGUCUCCGGCAGGCCAGAAUGGACACAUUCCUUUCCCAGGUGGAAUGUCUUCUCCCAUCAACAGCAAUAACACAGGUCUGGGUGGGCAGAUGCAGCCCAGCCCUCUGAAGAAGUCCAUGUCCGUUAUCCCUUCCAGUUCCCAGGCUUGUGGCCCUGAGUGGGUUAGCCAGGAUGACGCAGGGGGCCGGCAGAACUUCAUUUCAACAGAUCAUGCACCCCUCUCCCCUCAGAGCAGUGUGGCCUCCUCGGGCAGUGAGCAGACAGAGGACCAGGGCUCCAUGCGCAACACCUUCCAGGAGGAUGGUAGUGGCAUGAAAGAUGUUCCUGCAUGGUUGAAAAGUCUCCGCCUUCAUAAAUAUGCAUCACUUUUCUCCCAGAUGACCUAUGAAGAGAUGAUGAUUCUAACAGAGCAGCACCUGGAGUCACAGAACGUCACUAAAGGAGCACGGCAUAAGAUUGCCUUGAGUAUCCAGAAACUGCGAGAGAGGCAAAGUGUGCUCAAGUCUUUAGAAAAGGACAUUUUGGAAGGAGGAAACCUGCGCAACGCCCUCCAAGAGCUGCAACAGAUCAUUAUCACACCCAUCAAGGCCUAUAGCCCACCCAGUGCCGCACAGACUGCCCAGGACACAAUCACCUCUCCCUCAGAAUCCACAAAAUCAGGAGCAGAUAAAGAGCCGGCCUCAGAUGGCUUCCAGUCCCACAACCCACCUCCCUGUGAUGGAGACUCCUCAGCCACACCCAUCUCAGAUGGCGACAUUGCUGGACAGUUCACCCGUGUGAUGGGUAAAGUGUGCACCCAGCUACUUGUGUCAAGACCAGACGAGGAGAAUAUCAGCUGUUACCUUCAACUCAUUGAGAAGUGUUUGACACAUGAGGCUUUCACAGAAACUCACAAGAAAAGGCUGGUCUCCUGGAAGCAGCAGGUCCUUAAACUGCUCCGCCUGUUCCCUCGGAAAGCUAUGCUGGACAUGCCUGUGUACCGACAGAAAGGCUGGACCUAUGGGUCCAACUCCCUCCCCACAGCAGGCUCUGUGAGUGGAGGUGUAGCCCGGCGGGGCCAAAGGCAGUUCCAGAUGACCCCACGUGGACUCCCAGCUGGGCGCAUGGGUCUUCUUAGUCCCGGUGGGAUCGGGGGAGCGUCUCCACGUCACACACUCACUAAUCCUUCACUGGCAGGCCAGGGUAGACAAAACUUGUGGUUUGCCAACCCUGGGGGCAGUAACAGCAUGCCAAGUCAGAGCCGCAGCUCUGUGCAGCGGACCCACUCACUCCCUGUCCACACUUCCCCGCAAACCAUGCUCAUGUUCCAGCAGCAAGAAUGCCAAGUUCCAGGUGCUGACCUGGAGAUCAACCCCACGCUGGAGUCACUGUGCCUCAGUAUGACAGAGCAUGCCUUAGGGGAUGGAACAGACCGGACAUCGACAAUAUGAAAAAGAAGAGAGGAAAAAACUACACUUCAGAGUUGAGGCCUGUUCAGUUCCUCACCACCCAGCACAAAGAUAUACGUAUGCUUAAGAAAACCAGGCAAAGCAGUCACUACAAAAUGACAAAAAACUGUGUAUAUGUUCUCUAAUAUUUUUGUACUUUAUUAUAUACAACUAAGUUUAUUAAAAAUGGAAUACAGAUGAUUAUUAUAUUGCAGGACAGAGAAAAGGUUAACUGUGCAAACUGCUCCAUGUCACCUGCAGGACUGUGACAUUGUGUGCAGAAGCUCAGUUUGCCCUGGUCUGAAAGAAAAACGGUGGAUUGGUGCUGUCUUAAAGGGGUUCUGCCCUAUGAGUUACUCUUCUUUUCCUCCCACCUUGGAGCAAGGCUUCUUUCCCGAAAACACACUGACAGACACAGCCCCUCUGCACCACAUAAUGCGUAGAUUAAGAAAUUUUCCAGCCAGAAGUAAGGCACUUUUUAUUAAAUUACCUUUGAUUAGGCACUAAGCUGUAAUUGGCCCAAGGAUUAGCUCACUGAGAUGUUCCACUCAUAGGCAGGUGUCUUAUACAGACACGAUUACACUUCCUAGACGCCCUAUUUGUUCUAAAACCAGUGCUAGUGAGUGCUUGUGUUGGUUGAAACUUGGACAGCUUUCCUCGGUUCUUGUUGUCCUUUCCAGAAAACAUGUUUUUGUGGCAAAGGCAGGAAAAGGAGGACCAAAAGAACGGAGGAAAAUCUUGAAAUUCAACUGCAGGCAUACCCCCUUGUCUCCCCUAAACACAUAGUCAAAGUAGAAGUGACUGUUCUCUCAACUUCUACAAAGCCAAAGAGAAGGUUUGUGCGAUUGUUAAUUUGAGAAGGAUAUUUGUAGUGAAAUGCAACAGAAUGGUAUAAUUUUUUUUUUUUUCAAGAACAGCAGUUUGAAGAAUUUAUGCCAGCUGCAGUUUGUCUCUGUUAUUUUAUGCCCGACUACGUAAAUGAUGAUGAAUCUCAUUUUGUGCCGAGGAAUCCCCACAGGGGUGAAUAAGGGCUGGUGAGGUUUGUAUUGUGCAAGAGCUGAUUUGAUAUUGAAUUGAUAAAAGCGAGGAGGGUAGAGGGUUUUCAAUUUAUACUCGAAUGCUUGGUGAGAAAACUAAAUGAAACCCAUCUCAACCCUCUGGCCCCCCGUAUGAUUGGCUCUGGAAAAUGAAGCUUGAUCUUGUAAUAAAUGCUCCGGUGUGCAGCGCCUCACCCUCGCAGUGCCCUCUUCCUCACACGGCCAAUGUGAUGAUUUGAUGAAUCAUAUUUUUUUAGGUGCUUUGAUGAUGUCCAUAUUUUCUGUUUGUGUCUCGGUGUGUUACAGUCUCAGAACCCUAAUAUUUUCAUGUGGUAUCAGUGUUGAAUCAAAAACUGUCUUAUACAGCCUCUGUCUUUGAAUGUGGCAGAGCGGAGGUGCAUGUGUGUGUAAUAUGGUCUUAACUUUUGGAUCACUUUUGGUUGCAUCAUAAGGCAGGGAUAACCAUUCACAUUUUACUUCAGCAGAGCCAUAGGAGUUCUGUAUAGUAAAGAUGGUUAUUUACAGAUAUCUUUUCCAAUUGUAUUUUUUACUCUCCCUUGAUAUUGAUAACUUAUGCUUAUUUUCUAUAAUCGCAUGUUUUGCCACACUAAUACAGCACUGUUGUAGAUAGAGGACAUGGUGGUUGAUGGUGCCCAGUGUCACCAAAAGCUAGAGAGCAGAAACCUUGCAACUAAUGUUGUAUGUUUAUAACGCCUAAAUGUCACUGUUUACAUCUCUCUGGGAUAAUGCCCAAUUCAUGCUAUGCGAUGUCAUGAAUACUUCAUUGUCUCACUAUGUAACACAUUAAAGAACUGAAGCCUUCUCGCACAUGAGCUGGCUGGGUAGAGCCUGAAAACAAAAGCAGUCUACCCCUCAUCUAUGGACUCCAUGCGAGUCCCAGUAGGUUUUUUUUGUUUAAAAAAAAAAAAGUGAUACCUGUAUGAGGCAUGUAACGCCUGCUUUUCUGGUCAUGCAGUGAUGAGAGAAUAGCUUUCCUGGCCUUGUGAUUGAACCAUUAGCUGUCAUGUCCUGAUAAACUGUUCAUGUGGUGCCUCAAAUGCACAGCUCCAGCAUCCUCAAUAUGUUGAUUUAAUGGUCUUGAGUAGUAUUGUAGUCACGAAUUUCUUCAGAGCAGGCUCUUGGAUAGAUCUGACUUACUAAAUGCAUCACACUCAUGCCCGCAGAGAACUUCAAUGAGUUAACAAUGCUGACAAGUUUAAGACUCUGCUGCUUUUAUUUUUUAUUUUUUUUAGGAGAACUUCAAUAUACUGUACAUCAACUCUGUUAUGUUACAUAUGGCUCAGAUGAUCCUUUUCAUGGCCUCUGUAAGACUUUGGACAGCCUACAUUUUACUGCAAAUAGACACAGAGGUACAGUGCAGCAGAUUUCUGCAAGUGUCUGUGCAUAAUGAAGAUGCAGCAGGGGAUGACGAUGCUUAUCUGAGCCACAAAUGAUGUGAUUAUGAGUAAACUGAACACUAAUAACAGGCCAAGGAAUAUGUUUACUCCAUGUUUACAUUCCAGUGAUGCAUGAAAUGAGUUGGGAAAUGAACUUCUUGAGGUCAGCCUGGUGUAUGUUCACAUACCAAGAAUCCACUAGGAGGUACAGAGCCUGUGUCAUAUGGAGACUACUACUAAGUGGUCCUGAGAUCAUGUUAAUGUCCCUGCCAGGCUUGAUCAUUGAAUUAAUGCAGCUGUCAGCUGUAGGCUACAUUACAUCUUUGUCUUGUACAAUUUAUAUUUAAUUCUGAUGACUCCCCAACACCCCCCCCCCUAAUAUUUUAUGAACCUUUUGCAUCCCGUGCUUACACUCUUUUUUUCUUUUUUUUUUUUUUUUUUUUACUGUCACUCAUAUGUGUGAAUGGUCUGAAGUGCAGCAUCCGUCGGAUCAUUGACAGUCCAAAUAAAGAGGUU